GAUGAAUGCAAUCAGUUGCUGUCGAGUUCAAGUGCCGAAAGGAUGUCACCGGUUAACUGCCGGGGAUGAGUGUUUCAGCACUUUUGUGGUGUGUGGUGAGGUAAAAAUGAAUGUAGCAAAUCGACCUGCGGUGGUUAGUGUGGAGUUUGUUGUGAAUGGCACCGAUGUAGCAUCGCUGAAACAUAACAGCUACGAAGAACUUUUCGGAGAGGUCAGUUACAUGGUGGGCAGCAGUGGAGGUUCGCCGGACGAAAAUAGCAACGGCAGCGCGGGAGGAUACGUUCAACGCACUCAGGCCAAUGCCAGAGAACGGCUCAGGACGCAUAGCGUUAACUCAGCGUUCACCAAUCUGCGGCUGCUGAUUCCGACCGAACCAAAAAACCGAAAACUUUCAAAAAUUGAAACCCUACGGCUGGCCAAGAGUUAUAUUUCCCAUCUGAUCGCGGUUCUCAUGACUGGCAACGUGAAGCAUCCGUGUUUGUUGGUUCAAAAAGGACAACUGGACAGCGUUCAAGAUGGUGCCUUCCUGACCGGUUCCACAGAUUCAAGCUGUUUCACGUCGGAAACUAUCGACCAUUCGGGCUCGGCGAUCGGCGGGUGUUCAAUGAGAGCAAACAUCUGUACAUUUUGUGUGUCACCGAAGAAGUAGCAAGCAAAAAAAUCGACCCAAAAGAUUCUGCCAAAUGAUACUGUGUUAAAUAAUGU